AAACUCUUUUAAUAAUCUUAAAUUUCGUCCGACUUUCCUUCCAUAAAAUUUGUUGUUUGUUUGCUUCAUUCGAUCGGAGUUGAUAUCUUGUGUUGUCCAGAUUAACAAAGCAGGAGCUGACUCCGAAACUGGAAGAGUCUCAUCAUUUGGCCUCUGAACCCUAAUUAGAAAAGAAUUGGGAAUUUCAAUUAAUUAUCUGGUACUGCACUUCAUCCUCCAGAUAAAACGACGAGUGCAGCGCAAUGGCAGGCAGAGAAGUUCGAGAGUACACCAAUCUCACCGACCCAAAAGAUAAGAAGUGGGGGAAAGGGAAGGAUAAGAUCGACGACGAAGACAUCACAUUCCAACGCAUGGUCGCCAAGGGAUCUUGGCUUUUUCUAUUGGGUGGUUAAUGCAAGCAGAUGCAAGAGGUUGCAGGAGAACGCGGAGGAUACCUUCAUGGCCGAGGCGCCUUGGACAGUGAUGACCUGCUAUAUCUCAAGGAGCAGAUGGAAGCUGAGGAGGAUGCAGAACGCCUCCUUCGUCGAACCGAGAAACGAGCAUUUGCUGCAUUUAAGAAAGCUGCAAGUCUUGCAGACUCCUCCCCUGCAUCGGUUCCCUUGUCGCUCCGUGUCGAGCCCAAACAAAGAAGUGGGAUCAGACAACAGGAUUUACUGAAGAAGGUGGUUGAGAUCAAACCCAAGCGGCAGAAAGUUUCAAGUUCAUCUAACUGUAAUCAGUCGCACGCAAAUUUGAGUGGUAGUUCUUCAAUAAUUCUUAAGCCUGAAAAUGAGUCGGGGAAGGACAAAGUGGAUGCCCUGUCAUCAUCAAACAUAACAGAAGGCGAGCCUAGGGUGGAAACUAGAGCCAAAAGCUUGCUAGGCUUAGCUUAUGAGAGUUCUGACAAUGAAGAAGAUUGAAGAAGAAAAUGGCUUGCUCUGGACAGCAAAUUUUUGGUUAACUUUCUUAAUUACUUUUUAGUAAUAUCGUAUGCAUGUUUUCUAUUACAAGCACACAUUUUUGCAACGCCACUCUUUUAGGAAUGCAAUGUUUGUGGAAGUAAAAAUAGUAGGUACUUUUGUUACAGAGUGUGGAAAGAGAGUGUAAUAUGUAUCUUGAGUACUUUGAGUAUGAGGUGGUUGCUGCCAUGGAUCAUCUUCAUAAUCCUUAAAACUUAGCAUCUGGAUGUUUUUGUGCAUUUUAGUGCACCCGAUGACCUUGUCAAUGACCGGACGGCUUUGGCAUGAGCCACCAGGAAACUUUGUAUCCUUUUAUAUUGUGGCAUUACUCCAGCCACAGGCAGGCUUGUUUGGAGGAAAGAAGCCUCAUUUUCAAAAA